AACAGACUAACUGUAAGCAAGACACACAUGGUCCAUAUAUCUUAAGGCAGCUGUUGUGCAAGUGUUGUUAUGACUCUGGCUUUCGUAAAAAAACAUGUACAGUAUUUGACUCUGGUUUCCAGGAGGGGAUAGAACCUUAAGAUUUUGCUUUAUGUAGCCACAUAAACCAGUUUUUACAGGAAUCAAGAAGCUGUUAUAACAAUGGCUCCGGUAGACAGUACCUAUUGUUCCAAAGAAGGCAACACACCUAAUGAGAUGAAAGGCUCUGAAGACAAAAUGCAGAUGAAAAGGGAAAUUACUUUACUCAGUGGUGUCUGUCUAAUAGUGGGGAAUAUGAUAGGCUCAGGGAUAUUUGUCUCUCCAAAGGGAGUUCUGAUGUACAGUGCCUCCUAUGGGCUGUCCCUGGUUAUCUGGGCUUUCGGAGGCAUCUUCUCAGUGUUUGGGGCCCUUUGUUAUGCUGAGCUUGGGACAACCAUCACCAAAUCAGGGGCCAGUUAUGCCUAUAUCUUGGAGGCCUUUGGUAGCUUUAUAGCCUUCAUCAGACUUUGGUCUUCCCUUCUCAUUAUUGAACCCUCAACGCAGGCAGUCAUAGCAAUUACCUUUGGCAACUACAUCGUCCAGGCCAUCUUCCCAAAUUGUGAACCUCCUAAUGAAGCUGUCCGGUUGAUUGCAGCUGCAUGUCUUUGUACCCUCACCUUUAUAAACUGUGCCUAUGUGAAGUGGGGCACCCUAGUACAGGAUCUCUUCACAUAUACCAAACUUGUAGCCCUAAUCAUGAUUAUAUCUGUGGGGCUUGUAAAAAUAAGCCAAGGACACACACAAAACUUUGAGUCUCCCUUCGAAGGUUCAUCCACACAGGCUGGUAACAUAGCGCUUGCUCUUUACUCAGCCCUCUUUUCUUAUUCUGGAUGGGAUACCCUCAAUUUUGUGACUGAGGAAAUCCAGAAACCAGAGAGGAAUCUUCCCCUUGCCAUUGCGAUAUCCAUGCCCAUUGUAACUAUUAUCUACCUCCUUACCAAUGUGGCCUACUAUGCUGUACUGGACAUGCCAUCUCUUUUGGCCAGUGAUGCGGUUGCCGUGACAUUUGGUGAUGAGGUCCUCGGGUAUGCAAAAUGGAUCAUCCCUGUUUCUGUGGCCAUGUCUUGUUAUGGUGGAUUAAACGCAUCAAUUAUUGCAGCCUCCAGACUGUUCUAUGUUGGGGCACGAGAAGGACAUCUUCCUGAUAGUUUAAGCCUGAUUCAUGUUGAACGCUUCACACCUGUUCCUGCACUUCUUUUUAAUGGGUUUAUGGCUUUGGUGUACCUCUGUGUGGAAGAUGUGUUUCUUCUUAUUAACUACUACAGCUUCAGCUAUUGGCUAUUUAUGGGCUUGUCCAUCGCAGGGUUAAUAUAUUUGCGGUUUACUCAGCCUGACAGACCAAGACCCAUCAAGCUCAGCCUCAUAUUUCCAGUGAUUUAUUGCAUAUGCUCCCUGUUCCUGGUGGUUGUUCCUCUGUAUGGUGACACCAUCAACUCUCUGAUUGGAGUGGGAAUAGCUCUCUCUGGAGUCCCUGUUUAUUUACUAGGGGUCUAUUUACCUGCAGAAAAGAGGCCGAGAACUAUUCGGCGUAUAGGAGAAAUUGUUACAAGAUUCACACAGAUCCUGUGCAAAUGCUGUCUGACCGAGCUGGACAUUGAGCCUGAGAAACUGAGUGAGAACAAAGCCAAGUAAAAAGGUCACUCACAGCAUGACCUGCAGGGGCCGCUGUGUAAUAUAUUUAUUUAUUGGUGGAUGCUAACCUUGUUGAUUGCUCUACUUUUCAUCAAAAACAAAGCAGCAUCUAACAGCAUCUGUUUGACCACAUGCAUAAUAUUUCAGACUGAUAUCUUUUCUAGGAACAUAUCAGUCAAACUUACAUUUGUUUUUGAUUGUUGUGCAUUGUAGUGCUGUGGUAACAGAUGAAAUGCUGAUUGUGUGCCAUUUUCAUUGUCUAUAAAUAGUGUGUCAGUAAAAGGAAA